AUGCCGAAUUCUGAUUAUGAUCCGGCUUGUUUGCCUGACUUGUUACCUCUGUAUUACCGCCGGUUGUUCCCAUUUUCACAGUACUACAGAUGGCUUAGCUAUGGUGGAGUGACAAAGAACUACUUUCAGAACCGCGAGUUCUCUUUCACCCUGAAGGAUGACAUCUACGUCAGGUACCAGUCCUUUAGCACGCAGAGCGAACUGGAGAAAGAAAUGCAGAAAAUGAACCCGUAUAAGAUCGACAUUGGAGCUGUCUAUAGUCACAGGCCAAGUCAACACAACACAGUCAAGACUGGUGCAUUCCAGGCUCUGGAGAAAGAGCUGGUUUUUGAUAUUGACAUGACAGACUAUGACGACGUGAGGAACUGCUGCAGUGCUGCAGAUAUAUGCACUAAGUGCUGGACCUUGAUGACCAUUGCUAUCCGCAUCUUGGACAGAGCACUGAGAGAGGACUUUGGCUUCAGGCAUCUUCUGUGGGUGUAUUCUGGCAGAAGAGGGGUGCAUUGCUGGGUGUGCGAUGAAUCAGCCAGGAAGUUGUCUGUGGCAGCCCGCUCGGCAGUGGCUGAAUACCUUAGCUUAGUGAAGGGAGGUGAGGAGACAGUGAGGAAAGUCGCGCUGUCAGACCCAAUCCAUCCUUUCAUCAGUCAGUCACUCACUAUAGUGGAGCACUACUUCAUCGAUUACGCCAUCAAAGAGCAGGACAUUCUGGGCACCAAGGAAUCAACAGACAAAGUGUUUGCUCUCCUGCCUGAAGAUAUCAGAGCAGAGCUUAACAGUGUGUUCCAGAAGGAGAAGAACCCUGUAAAACGCUGGGACAAGGUGAAAGCUCUGAUCCAACUCAAAAGGGCCAGUCUGAAGAAAGGUAGCCAGUACAUUGAGAAAGAGAUUAUGCUGCAGUACUGUUACCCACGACUAGAUGUGAACGUCAGCAAAGGAGUCAACCAUUUACUCAAGAGCCCCUUCAGCGUCCAUCCCAAAACAGGCCGAAUCUCGGUGCCCAUUGACUUGAGAGAACUGGACAGGUUUGACCCCUUUGAGGUGCCAACUAUAAGUUUGAUUUGUGAGGAGCUGGACAGACCAAAGACUACAGAGGAAGAGGAAGAAGAUGAGAGGAUGAAGGACAAAGAAAAUGAAAAAGAGGCUGGAGAACGACGCAGAAUCAGAGACUACAAGCGGACGAGUCUGGCCAAGUAUGUAAAGGUGUUCGAUCAGUUCUUGGAUGCUCUAGCGCGUUCGCGAAAAGGAGAAAUGUUGAAGAAGAGUGAUCUUCAGAAAGACUUCUAAGACAGUCUUAAC